AUGAAUGAAAGUAAAGUCUCAUAUUCAAACUGUACAGUCAAAAUUCCACUUCCGUCGUCCGCACCAGUGUUAGCGACUUCUGCCCAGCAUAUAUUUACUGAUAAUACUACCAAAAAACGAAAGCAGGCCGUCCUUAUCGAUCAACAUUUUCAAUACAUUUUUGCACCUUACUCAAUCCAUGAAACCAUUAUUGAUUGUCUAUGGUAUGACGAUUCACAAAAUGUCCUUCUACUUACCUCAACGAGUGUCCUGAUGUAUGACUUUAGAGUACAAUCAGUCAAACCACUGCUACACAUCAAACCAACAGAUAAUCAACUUUUCAAAUGUUUUACGACAGGCAGUAAUCAAUCAACGUUAUUAAUUGCAUAUGAUGAAUGGGAAGCGGAAUUCAUCGAACGAUGGGAACGAAUAUCAACAGAUGAUGAUAUAUGUUGGAAAUUGAUCAGAAAUUAUCCAUUAAAUUUAACUUUCAAUGAAUUCAUUGGAAACAUGACAUCCAUCGAGAAUAACUUAGCGAUUACAAUAUACAACCAUCUGACAGAACAAUGGCGAAUGGAAUUACGAGAAUUAGAAAAUUUUGCAUGUUUGAAGAAAAUUCUUCUUCCCUCAAUCAAUUUAAAACAUGAUUAUAGAAUAGUUUAUUUGAAACCAAAAAUACUCAAUGCUAAUUGGCUAAUUUUCUCCCCAUCAAACGAUAAGAUCAUCGCCAUUGACUCCAAUUGGCAAAAAAGAUGCUAUCAAUACAAACUUGCGAUACAUAGAAUGGCGCAAUUCCAAGAAAAUAAGAUAAUUAUACGCACGGCGAACCGAGUCGAUAUUCAUACAAUAAAUGAACAAUUAUCACAAAAUACGUUUUGA